AUGAGCAGCCGCAAUCCUAAUACGCUAAUGAGCGUUCCUGAUGAGCAGUUUGAUUAUUUGUUUAAAAUAGUUCUUAUUGGUGAUUGUGGCACGGGGAAAACAUGCAUUGUGCAACGGCUGAAGUCAGGUAAUUUUAUAGAAAGGCAUGGAAAUACAAUAGGCGUCGACUUUUCAAUGAAAACAUUGCUAGUGGAUGGGAAGAAAGUCAAGCUUCAGAUAUGGGAUACGGCAGGACAGGAGCGCUUUAGAACCAUCACCCAGAGCUAUUAUCGUUCGGCAAAUGGUGUAAUUAUUGUGUAUGACAUCACUAAACGAUCAACAUUUUUGUCUUUACAAAAAUGGAUUGAAGAAGUUCGAAGGUAUACAUCAUCCAAUGUGAUAGUGUCACUGAUUGGCAAUAAAUGUGACUUGACUGACCAGAGAGAAGUGGAGCCUGAUGAACCUCAAUCGUUCUGCCGUUAUGUACCUGAAAUCAUGUUUGUAAUGGAGACAUCUGCUAAGGACAACACUAAUGUUGAAGACACAUUCCGCAGUUUGGCUACAGAACUAAAGAGACAACAUGACAACAGCGAGGGUCCACCGACAGACUCGGACGCAGUGGUUCUUGGAGAAAGUCAUGCAGUGAGUAGGUGUCAACCUUGCCGGUCCUCUUAG